AUGGGCGUAUCUUCAAAGCUGCUUGGCGUCGACACGGCUGCCUUGCUUUUGCCGUCACUGCCGGUCGUUUGCUGGCUGGCGCUUGCACGCACUUGCUCAGGGGACUGGAGCGCCCUGCAGCAGCACGUUGAGGCAGUGCACAAGGAUGCUUUUGCAGCUCACCAAAGCCUCGAGCAGCUGGUCAACGCAAAAAGGUUUAGGGCCGCGGUGUUGCGGCUGAGCUGGCUUGCUGGCGUUGACGCCGAAAAUUCACCGAUGCCAAAGCUAGCGAGCUUGGUUUACAUCUGGGCUCACUUGGGCAAGCCAGCAAAUGCACCGAAGCCAAAUAGAAGAUCUGAGCACGUGCAGCAACUGGCGCGCGAAUUUGCAAAUGGGGCAGUCUCGACUGGAAUCCAAGAGGCCAUGCGUUUGGAGCUCAAAGCAGUAGAAGCUGCUCUCCGCAUUCGCCUCGCCUUGGGUGGAAGCCUUGAAGAAGUCGCACUGCUGAACCUUGUCCCUGCGGAUACGCCGGGCAAAUUGGAUGGCCGCGCGCUGAUCGCUUGCACACGUUCGCGCGGGCUGACGGAGGCCACCACCCUCAUGUGGGCAACUCGCCAAGGUGUUCGGUGGGUUCAGGCAAUUCUUCGUCUUGGCGCUAGCGCGUCAAAGGUGACUCCAAGUGGUUGGUCUGCACUCCUGUAUGGCGCUGCCUUCGAGUCCCGCAAGAUGACAGCAGAUGGAUCCUCAGACUCAGGCGAUGCAAGCUACGGCGGCUAUCGUCACAGGACUCGAGGAGUUGUGGGUCCACUCAUUGAUGCAGGGGCAGAUCCACAGGCUCGCACCUUGCAGCUCAAGGCAUAUCUAUCUGCCUUUUCGCCCUCGCCGUUGACCUGCAAGUUCGUCUGCGCAUCUGACAUUGCCUGGGCAGAAAGUGCUGUAAACUCUGGCUGGGCAAUCGAUCUUUUGUCCAACCGACCGGAACUUGUAGAGUCAGCACAAGCUUAG